ACCGCGGUUCCCAGCGAUCGUCCGCCCUACAGCUCUGAGCCAACUCUGAAGCUGAGGUACCGGAGAGCACGCUCGCUCUCAGAGGUCCCCAGCCGGAAGCGCGCUCUACUCCCGCCCCCCGCCGGCGGAUCCGGAAGUGGGGGUCGGCCGCGGCGCGCCGCCCUCCGCGGGCCCCCGGGCAGGAUGCUCUCCGGCGUCCGCAGCCGCCUCCCGGCCUCUGUAGCACCCGCCGCGGUCCUGGCUGCGGCGCUGCUCUCGUCGUUCGCGCGCUGCUCUCUCUCGGGGCGCGGCGACCCGGUGGCGUCGGUGCUCAGCCCCUACUUCGGCACGAAGACUCGCUACGAAGAUGUCAACCCCUGGCUGCUGGUCAACCCGGUGGCUCAGCAGCGGGACCCGAAGCUGCUGGCGGGGACCUGCACCCCGGUGCAGCUGGUCGCCCUCAUCCGUCACGGCACCCGCUACCCUACGACCAAGCAGAUCCGCAAGCUGAGGCAGCUGCAGGGGCUGCUGCAGACUCGGGGAACCGGAGACCGCGGGAGCGGAGUGGCAGCCGCGCUGGCCGAGUGGUCGCUGUGGUACGAUGACUGGAUGGACGGGCAGCUGGUGGAGAAGGGGCGGCAGGACAUGCGACAGCUGGCACUGCGCCUCGCCGCCCUCUUCCCCGACCUCUUCAGCCGGGAGAACUACGGCCGCCUGCAGCUGAUCACCAGCUCCAAGCACCGCUGUGUGGACAGCAGCGCCGCCUUCCUCCAAGGGCUGUGGCAACACUACCACCCCGGACUGCCACCGCCAGACGUCUCAGAUAUGGGGUGUGACCCUCCAAUAAUUAACGAUAAACUAAUGAGGUUCUUUGAUCAUUGUGAGAAGUUUUUAACUGAUGUGGAAAGAAACGAUUCGGCUCUUUAUCAUGUAGAAGCCUUCAAAACUGGACCUGAAAUGCAGAAGACUUUAAACAAAGUUUCAGCUACAUUACAAGUGCCAGUAAACAGUUUAAAUGCAGACUUAAUUCAGGUAGCUUUUUUCACCUGUUCAUUUGACCUGGCAAUUAAAGGCGUCCAUUCUCCUUGGUGUGAUGUGUUUGAUGUAGAUGACGCAAAGGUACUGGAAUAUUUAAAUGAUCUGAAGCAAUAUUGGAAACGAAGCUAUGGCUAUAGCAUUAACAGCCGGUCCAGCUGCACCCUGUUUCAGGAUAUCUUUUUACACAUGGACAAAGCAGUUGAGCAGAAGCAAAGGUCUCAGCCAGUUUCUUCUCCAGUCAUCCUCCAGUUUGGUCAUGCAGAGACCCUCCUGCCACUGCUCUCACUCAUGGGCUACUUCAAAGACAAGGAGCCUCUCACAGCAUAUAAUUUUAAGGAGCAGGACCAUCGCAAGUUCCGAAGUGGCCGCAUCGUACCUUAUGCCUCAAACUUGAUAUUUGUGCUUUACCACUGUGAAAACGCAAAGACCCCACAAGAAGAAUUCCAAGUACAGAUGCUGCUGAACGAAAAGGUGUUACCUUUGGCUCACUCGCAGGAAACCGUUGCUUUUUAUGAGGAUCUGAAGAGCCACUACAAGGACAUUCUUGAGAACUGUCAAACCAGUAAGGAAUGCGACCUUCCCAAAGUGAACAUCACCUCUGAUGAGCUGUGAGGAGCUGAGGGCAAACUCAGUCUGGUAGUGCCUUCCUCGGGGUGAUUGUGUUUGCAGUAGGUAGGCAACGUCUCUAUCCAGAAAGCUUUCAAGGCCUUGGGGUCGUGGUAUACAGCUUUAAUCCCAGCCCUCUGGAGACAGGCAAGAGGAUCUCUGUGAGUUCAAGGCUAGCCUGAUCUUCAUAGUGAGUUUCAGGCCAGCCAAGGCUACAUAGAGAAAUCACCAUAGAUUGCUUAGUCCUUGUGUCUUUUCACAGAAAAUAAUAAUUUCUUUUAGGAUCUGGGCAUACGGGUAGGACAUGACUUUCCCUGGGGCAGCUCUCAUCAGGGCAAAGCCAAGUCCAAGGAAACAGCUGGCCCAGCAAGUGUCUGCAGAGCUGAAAUUGCUCCAACUUAACCUAAGAAACUCCCUGGGAUGGAACAUUCUUAGAAAGUGACACUUCAGAAUGUUGGAUACCAAAGCACAGUGUCCCUGGAUGAGCUAAGUCAGGGACUUCAGUGAUCAUGUUGACUUCCUUCCUUCUGCUUCAUGUAGGUCACCGCUAGCACAAAUGACGUCAUUCAGUCAUAAAUGUGGUAACGUGGCGCCUGGCUUCAGAAGAAAGCCUAAAAUAAUAGCCCCCCAGAGGGUGUGCGAAGAACCAGGCUGAAGCAGACUGAAAGUGUGGGGUAUUUUUGUUACUAUUAUUUAUAAAAAUAUUUAAACACUUCAUCAGUAAUUUCCUUCAACCUCCAAGGAGGUCUUGCAGGGUCACCUGAAUUCCAUUUGGCCUGUCUGUGGUGUGUCGUGAUGGCAGAGUGCACACUGGGCAGACAGAUGCCAGCCUUUCUCACGUUCAUUGCAGGCUGCCCUUUUCAUUCCAUCAUGGCUUUCCUUUUUAUAUUUUGUUAUUACAUUAAGCAUAUUUUUUUGGUGCUUUGGAUUUUCUCUUUUUAAAUAAAGACUAUUCUGGCUGAUUUAAUUGUAUAACUUUCAAACCUGUUUCACAGAAAUUCUGAGUUCUCUCAAAUGCCAUGAAAGUGUUUGCUGCAAUAAAGUUCUUGUGACUUUA